AAAAAACGUCGCAAAGGAAAACAACACAAUCGAGUCGUGCUUUUGCUUUUGCACAAAGGUACUGAACGUAUUUUGUUUGCGAUGCAUUGAGUUUCAACAGUUAAUUUUUAAAAGGCUGAACAGUUUACCAUCUUUGUUAAAAUGGAUACGAGCACCACAACCGAAGUAUGCGACGAGCCAGUGAAUGAAACGAACGAAACUAACGAAACCGAAGACACCGAAGUAGCAGACGUUAAACAAAGCAUUACCACAAAACCCUCGAGUAUUUCGCAAAAGAAACAACCAGAUCAAUUAUGCAAUUGCCCCUUACAUUGCGAUAGAAAAAUCGGCAAAGAGUGGAGAGAAAAAAUCUACAAACAAUUUGGCGAAUUGGGUGAUCACUCUUUGCAAAACUUAUUCAUACAGCGCCACAUAAAAAUUAAAAGUAUCGCUAAACGCUUAUGGGAAGAUGAAAUAAUCGACAAAAAAAUACAAAGAAGAGUAACCUGCAAAUAUCUCAUUCCAUUGACAGGAUCGGUCAAAGAGUCGUACUCGUAUGCGAAAACCUUGAAUUACGAUUCGGCGAAAUUUGCUAUAGAAACAAAUAUUCCAGAGAACUCGCCGAAAACUGAUUCUUCUACCAAUACUCCUAACGAAACCACAGAUAAUGCGAAGGAAGCUUCUAAAGAACCGCAAACAAGUGAUACCGAAAUGAAAGAAAUACCACAUUGUAACGGCAACGCUGAUAGCAUGGAACAUGACUCGACUAUAGUAAAUAAAAUAUUCGAAAAUGGUAUUGCGUCGAAAGAACUGCUUAACGGUACUGCUAUGGAGCUAGAUUCUACUGCAGAAAAUGUAGCUUCUGAGAACGAUUCUAUAGUGAAAGAAAAUGGCGAUAUUAGCGGUAUGGAGCUGGAUUUUACUGCUGCAAACUCAACUUUGGAGAACACUUCGUUCGCUAAAGAAAACGGUAACGUUAGCGGUAUCAAGCCAGAUAUAGUUACAGAGAACAAAAAUACUGCUGAAAACUCAACUUUCGAGAACACUUCGUUCGCUAAAGAAAAUGGUAACGUUAUCGGUAUCAAGCCAGAUAUAGUUACAGAGAACAAAAAUUCUGAAAGUGGUUCUUCGACGAAAGAAACCAAUAUCUCCGACGUGAACAGCCCAUCGAGUUUCAACGACAACGAAAGUAUUAAUACGAUUGAUGGCGAAAAUAACAUCUCGGAACUCGAAAAUAAUACUCCGUGCUUGAAAGUGAAAUACGUCGAUGUGUGUCAGAAAGCUUUUAUGAAUAUGUACGGUAUUACUGAAAAACGUAUACGAUGGCAACGAGAAAAAUUAAUCCUAAGGUCUCGUUACUUGGCCGAAAAACAAAAAAAAGAGCUGGAAGAAAUGGAUCGAACGCUUUCAUUGGCUCGCAGCUUAGGAGCAGGAUGUCAACCAUUGUUUGCAAUUAUGGAAAAAAAUUCCCAAUUCAAGCAUUUAUCCGAGCAGUUACUCAUCGCCAUUGAAGAUGACGUCAUGUUGGUAAAUAAUUUUUUUCAUAAUCAAUUAUGGAAACCAGAAGACAUCAUGAACAAAUCAAUGCACUUUUCUACUACUUUUGAUUCUUGUGAGACUGAAUGUGAUUAAACGUAAAACUAACGGGCUUUAUACGACUGGAGGUAAUGUUCUCCGUCCACCUCUCAUGUUAUUUUAUUUUUCGAAGAAUACCUACGCGGAUAAUAUUUUCCUCAUUUGUGAGCUAUAAUUCUUCAAUUCCUUUUGUUUGUACUUUCUUUUUCAUAUUUUUUUUUUUACUAUUUUUAUACUAUUUUGUACUUUUUUUUAAUAAAAACAUUUCUUAUUUUUGA